CUUCAGGGUGGGCAGCAGUCAAGGUCAGAGUCAGCAAAUCCUCUGCUAAAAAUAGACUCGAGUGGCAAAGUUGGUGAGAUUUGUCUGUUCUGCCGCACUUCACAGGACCCAGCUACCCAGAGCACCCAACUAAGCUUACAGUUUCUCGCACAUUCUGAACAUACUACUCCACGGACAAGAUGUCAUCGGCAGGUUUGAAUGUUGGCAAGAAAAAUGCCUACACAGCAAUCCAAGUAGAUCCUGAUGAGGAUUACUGCACCCCAGGUGCCUUUGAGUUGGAGCGGCUCUUCUGGAAAGGAUGCCCAAAGUAUACACACGUCAAUGAAGUCUGGCCCAAGCUCUACAUAGGAGAUGAGAAAACUGCGUUAGAUCGUUACAGUCUCGAGAAGGCAGGCUUCACUCACAUCCUCAACGCGGCCCAUGGGCAGCGCAACGUGGACACAGGACCAGGAUAUUACAAGGACAUGGUUGUGGAGUACCAUGGGGUGGAAGCCGAUGAUCUCCCCACUUUCCAGCUCAGCCAGUUCUUUUAUUCAGCUUCUCAAUUCAUUGAUAACGCACUUCAGGAUGAAAGAAACAAGGUUCUGGUUCACUGUGCUAUGGGCCGCAGCCGCUCAGCCACGCUGGUCCUGGCUUACCUGAUGAUCUACAAGAACAUGACGAUAGUGGAUGCCAUAGAGCAAGUCUCAAAACAUCGAUGCAUCUUGCCAAACCGGGGCUUCUUGAAGCAGCUGAGAGAACUGGACAUAGCACUGGCCCUGCAGAGGAGGAACAGCAAGAACAGCCUACCAUCUGACAGCAACAAGAACAGUAGCACCAGCUAGAGUCCCUUCUGGUGGGACUGCUAGGGGAGGAGACACAUAGUAGCAGGAGGGGAGGGGAAGGUGUGAUUGAUGACAGUCACAAGGAUUAUUUUGUUCUUGGAAAGAAAAACAAAGUAAUUUCAAACGCUGUCAAGAAGAGAAAGAAGGGAAGUAAAAUUUAAAACCCAUCUUGUUAGAAUGUCCCAGCCUUAGCAAAAUUCAUUACAUCAACAAAUUUUAUCCUCUGUAAAAAGCACAAAAGCAGGCACAACUUAAAGCAACCCCUCUUCUAGCCAAGUACCCCCCAAAUCCCAAUUCUAAUCCAAGCACUUGGCCGGUGAAGCUAGGCAUUCCUGAAGAAGAUGUGCAGGAAAACCACCAAGGUGGUGGGCAGCCCAGACAAAUUGUUUAGUCCUAGAAUACUGGAGGAUCUCGCAGGAGUUUACUUCUGUGCUGCUUCCUGGCAGCUCCAUUUCUUCUUUCACAAUAACAACCUAGGGCAGCACAGCGUUCAGAGAGCCUCCAGGCAAGGAUCAACUACUCUGCCUUCCCAAUAGACUUGGUUUCUAGUUGGCACAGCCUGCUGCAAAGCCAGGCCCUUGAGAAGGCCCGGUGCAUAAGCAGAUAUAAUGGACAAGGAGACACAUACACAUGACACUGUAGCAGGUUCAGUUUUAACUUGGUUUUCUUCAAUGCUUCAAAUGCCUGAAUUUUGAAAGGCCCUGUAUAUACA